GUAGGAUGUCGUCGACCAGUGAGAUUAGAGCUUCAUUCCGUAGCCUUGGUUCCGGAGUGGCCUGUUAAGUAGCAGAUAAAAUAUCGGUCUCCCUUCAGUCUGACAAAAUGAAUAUGUUUCCUGUGCCCAGCCCGGGAAUCCCAGGCUGUCCACCUGGAUUAGAAUAUCUGACUCAAGUGGAUCAGCUACUCAUCAAACAGAAAGUGGAGCUUGUUGAAGCUCUUGUUGGUUUUGAAAGCAACAACAAGUAUGAGGUCCGGAACUCCAUGGGUCAGAAUGUGUUCUACGCCGUUGAGGAGAAUGACUGUUUGAGUCGCCAGUGUUGCGGUCCCAUGCGCUCCUUCACCAUCCAUAUUCUCAACAAUUUCGGACAAGAGGUUAUCACCAUCAUCAGACCACUUAAGUGCAUGUCUUGCUUCUUUCCUUGUUGUUUACAAGAGCUGGAGGUGCAGGCUCCCCCUGGUAACAUAGUGGGCUACAUUAUACAACAGUGGCAUCCAUUGUCCCCAAAAUUCAUCGUUGCGAAUGAGCACAAUGAGCCUGUACUGAAGAUCCAUGGGCCCUUCUGUGGAUGGAGCUGCCUUCCAGAUGUUGACUUUGAGAUACUGACGAUGGAUGAAGUCAGUAAGAUUGGAAAAAUUAGUAAGCAGUGGACAGGACUUCUGCGGGAAGCAUUCACCGAUGCAGACAACUUUGGUAUCCAGUUCCCUAUGGAUCUGGAUGUGAGAAUGAAGGCUGUAAUGAUCGGCGCAUGUUUUCUCAUUGAUUUCAUGUACUUUGAGGCUACUAACUAGGAUUCCAGCUGGAUUUCCAUGAAACAAGCAACAUUCUUUGAAGUACAAGGCCACAAAGCCAUGAUGAUGAGUCCCAAAUGCCCUAAUACAGAACAAUCUACCUUCAUUAUUCUAGCCAAACAAAAUGGGUAGAUUAAUGAAAGUACCAAAAGGCACAUAAAUGUUAUAAUUUUGCAUGAGCAAUGAAAUAGAAGGUUUGUUGUAGUCUUACCUGCUCAGGUUGGUUGUUAAAACACACUACUGGGCUGUGGUCACACAGUGCAGUGUUUUUACAUAGUGUUGGUGUGGAAAGGUUUCAUUUGUGUUUGCAUUAUGGUUGCUGAGCGUAUGUGGGCCCAGAAUCAUUAGUUUCUACUAUAAAAACUUGAAUAGACCUUCAUAUACAAGCAAAUUAAAAUGGAACACAGUUAAAAGGCAGAUGCUGUUAUACAGUUUGUGAAAGACAGAUUGGUGUCAUGGUCUGGAUGCAAAGGUGGUCAGGCCAAGAUGUUACUGUAUAUACAACAGUAGGCUUGUAGCUAUACUGUGUGAGCACUGAAAGAUUUGGGUAAUGUAGUAAUUUGUAGUUCAGAUAUUAAAUUCCCCUGUUUAUUGAGUUAGAUUUUGGUCUACCGGUAUUUAACAAUUUGCCCACAUAGAGCAAUAUGGGUGCACUGCUUUGUGUGUGUGUUUGUGUGUUAUGAGUGCACUUGCGUGUGUUUUACUGGAAACAUAAGCUAUCAUAGGAUACAAAGCAAUGUUUUUAUUGCCUUUAUAGCAAUGCAGUGUGAACUGUGUAGAUUUGGAAACUGAUGGGUUACAGCCUGAUGCACUGGCUCAGUCUGGACCACAAGAGGGAGCCAGGUUUUCAUUUAAGAAUAACUCAGCACAACCCAAAUGAACAAACAUGCUUAUGUCAUAGGUUUUUCAGAUAUUAGUGUCUGACCACUGUAUUUUUGGACAAACUCAGGUUAAAAUGCAUGCUACUGUCAUUGUGGCUACUGCUGGCUCUGUGAAUUACACACCUGCACCUGAUGUAUAAAGACAAAAUAAUAUUUUAAGGGAGGUUUGUACAUUAAAUUGCCUAAAUAUCCAUAUGGUAUGUUAUAUUUUGCAUAAAUGUCCUGGUGUGUCACUGUUCAUUACAUGUGACAACUCUACCUGUCUCAAAAAUACGGAGUUAUAUAAAACCUUUCUAUGAAAAAGCCAUAUACGUACUCUUGUGCACCGUGCAUCAUAGUAAAAUUCAAACAUGAUUUAAUUAGUAUGGCCAUCAGUCAGAGUAGAGAUCGUAUAAGGUAAAGCACUGUAGCAAAGACAUUAUCUAUGUGCUACAUCAGCAUUAAGAAUUAUUUUGUAUCAUCAUAAUAUACAAUUUUUUCUCCACAUGUAUGCCAUCUGAGACUCUGGGAAACAGCCAGAAAAAUCCAUAUUAACAGAAUUUUACUAGCUUUAGGUUUUUAAAAGCUUUUGUGUUAUUAAAAGCAUUAUAAACUGCCAGUUUGAAGAGCUAAUGUUUACACUGUAGUAUUAAUAGAAUUAGAUUACUAUAAGCAAAUUUAUUUUUAGCAGCAGCAUUUAAAACUUGAUUUCAAGAUUAACAACACAGUUAAGUAACAUGGUUGUUUUUGCAGUCUAUCCUGUUUACAUGGCUUAAGUUAAACUGGUUUGUAGAGAAGCCACACUCUUUAGCUAGAUCAGGUGUGUCUUGUUUGGUAGAAUGCAUUAACAGUACAAGAUGCUGCUGCUAUGUCAUCUGAAGGCUCUUUGAUUGUGUUUAAAACCAAAAGAUUUAAGUCAAAAUGUGAUAUACUGUAAAGGGAAUUUAGCUACUCCCGGUCAGUUACAAGAGUUAAAAGUCCUUAUUCUUCUACUUUUGCACUGAUACUGUGAACUUAGAAACCAUUCAGUCAUGCAAUGAAUGCAAAGCUUAAAUUGUGCAAAUAGUUGAUGCAAAAUAAAAAAAAAAAUGCAAAUAAAAAAAAUAAAAAGAUUUAAG